UAUUGGAAUGGAGAGAUAUUGAUUAUAAAUUGAUAUGAUAAUACGUGGGAAUGUGAUGGCAGAAACAGAGAGGAAGAUACAUUAUAGAGGCGUGAGACAAAGACCAUGGGGGAAAUGGGCGGCGGAGAUUCGUGACCCGAAGAAAGCGGCUAGAGUUUGGCUUGGCACUUUCGACACGGCCGAGGCUGCAGCCAUUGCGUAUGAUAACGCCGCUUUGAGGUUUAAAGGGACCAAGGCCAAGCUUAAUUUUCCUGAACGAGUUCAAGCCAACCCUGCUGAGUUUGGCUUCCUUCCCUCCACUGGCGGUGCCGCUGCAGCUCCGGCAACCGUAGCAUCCUUGUCGUCGUCAUCAUCAUCAUCUUCUAUUUCUCUUCUCCCGCCGUUGCCGCAGGAAGAAGCCUUCCCCGGCCUUCACCAAUACGCCCAACUCCUCUCCAGCACCGACGCCGACUUCCCUUAUUAUUCUUCCACGCUUCUCAACCAACAACCCCAUUACCCUUUCUCUUCCUCACCCAGCCACCCACUCCCACAAGACCACGAUCACUACGGCAAAGAUUUUGGCGCCGGUGGCUCAACCAAUUAGACCCUUUUUUAUGUGCUUUUGUAGUAUCACAUUUUAUAUGCUUUGCUUUCAUGAUUCCUAUAAACCAUAUAAUUCUCAGUUAAAUCCUCUUUCAUUCCCCCUUGAACCAAUUCUAUUUCUGCAUACCUCAAAUAAAAUGAUACUUACCU